AUGUCUUUAAAUGCCUACAUCUAUGCAAAAUUUAUACCAGAAAAGAACGCCGAAAAGUUGUCUUGGAGAAAGAAAGAACCUUCUUUUGAUGCUGAAAAAGUAGACGAUACAUUAGACUAUCACAGCGAAGAAGAAUGGUCAAAAAGGAAACAGAGGGCUGCCAAGGUUAAAUCACCUGGUAAGAAGCCUGCAUCAUCUAAGAAGAAGCCUAAGCCUCCUCCACAACCUACUACUAAGAAGGUUCCUCCACCACCACCUGAGACAAAGCCUCCUACAUCACCUAGUACGACGCCUCCUCCACCAUCUAGUACGGUGCCUCCUCCACCACCUUCUAGUACGGAGCCAGAAAUUACGGAGAGCGACACUGAGGCUGCGGAGACUGAGGAAGAAGGUGGUGAGGAGGAUGAGGAGAAAGGUGCUUCGGGAGGAAAAAGGUCUCCAACAGAAAGUACUGUUGAUACAACUGCCCGUACCCGUUCUGCAGCGAUUGGGAGGUACAUGCCAAAUUACGCAUUCGUUGCUUCUACAGUCUGGAGCUCAGUCUGGAUGGGAUCGAAAUUAGGAAUUGACAGUAUCAGCGACAUGUUAAUUGUUACGGCUUUUAAUGGCUUUGCACUUCACCUGGCGAUGGCUUUUUUGACUGCAGUCUGA